ACACUCUCGCCGGAGCAAAGUGCAGUCGGUGAUUAAAUAGAUGGCAGCCUGUUCUUCAUCGUCUUCGUCUUCUCAGAAGACGUGGAUUGUACACGGGAUCUUGGCCGGAACGGCGAUUGCAGCCGCGAUUGGCGCACGUGCGUAUCUGGGUCGAUCCAGGAAAUUCCGGAGCCGGGUCGUCGGAAUCAUUCCCGCACGUUACGCUUCCUCUCGAUUCGAGGGUAAGCCUCUCGUGCAAAUCCUCGGCAAACCCAUGAUCCAGAGAACUUGGGAGAGGUCUAAAUUAGCUUCUACGCUUGAUCACGUUGUUGUAGCCACGGAUGAUGAAAGGAUCGCGGAUUGUUGUCGUGGAUUUGGUGCCGAUGUCAUCAUGACUUCAGAGUCUUGCAGAAAUGGCACUGAACGGUGUAAUGAAGCACUAGAAAAGCUGGAGAAGAAGUAUGAUGUGGUUGUUAACAUUCAAGGAGAUGAACCACUCAUUGAGCCUGAGAUUAUAGACGGUGUAGUCAAAGCACUUCAGUUAGCACCUGAUGCAGUGUUUAGCACAGCGGUGACGUCAUUGAGACCAGAAGACGGACUUGAUCCUAACCGAGUCAAAUGUGUGGUGGACAACCGUGGCUAUGCUAUCUAUUUCUCCAGGGGUUUGAUUCCUUAUAACAAGAGUGGCAAAGUCAAUCCAGAUUUCCCGUACAUGCUUCAUCUUGGAAUCCAGAGCUUUGAUUCCAAGUUUCUGAAAGUAUAUUCGGAGCUUCAACCAACGCCAUUGCAGCUAGAAGAGGAUCUAGAGCAGCUCAAAGUCCUUGAGAAUGGCUACAAAAUGAAGGUUAUAAAGGUGGACCAUGAAGCGCAUGGAGUUGAUACACCUGAUGAUAUCGAAAAGAUUGAAUCUUUAAUGCGCGAAAGAAACCUUUCCUAGUCCACAAAUACAGAGCUUCCUUUUGAAAUCUUAUACUUGAAUGAACCCUUUUCCUUGGUUUCUUUUUUUGUGUGACAUUUGUGUAAUCGAAUUAGGGACUAACAUUAUAUAAUAUAUGCCUGCAAUGUGGAAUGUAUCUCUGAUAUCUUAGAAAUUCCGGUUAUCCCCAGCUUGCAGACUUGGAGUUCAGAGAAUUCUUAGACACAAAUUCUGUAAAUGGAUAUGAUUAUUUUUUUUUUUA